AUGGCAUCCUCUCUACCUGAACACCUAUUCCUCGACUUUCGCAUCUCCGACGUCGUCGACAAGACCAUCAGAAUCCCAAGAGCUGAGCCCUGGGCAUCCCACUAUUGCACGGCUAUCUCGGAAAAGCGCUAUGGCGACGCAAUAUUCGCACGAUACCAUAUGGAUGGACAAAUCAAAGACGGCAUCCGGACGGAUCUUCGCGAUGACGGUAAUGGAUCGAUCAUAUCGCACGAAACCACCGUGUUCGAUUUGAUUAUGGAGGAUGCUCUCGGGUAUGCUGAAGGAUGCCCUGACCUUUAUCGGGAUGCUUUGCUUUUCUACACCGAGACAAGUCCGAACGAUACUCGGCGAGAUAUAAUUGAUGGACUUUUGAAGAUAGGGUCGGAUCAAGGCUUGUACCAUGGUUGA